GUGGUCUCCGUUUUAUUUGACACCACAUUCAAAAUUGUUAGUAAACAUCGUAAAUAUUUCUCUUUAGAAAUGUUUGAAAAUAGAUAGUCUAGUCAUUCUCAGACGUGUGCAGAUUCUGAUUGAAUGCUGAAAUAUUAUAUAUUCCAUUAUGUCACAACACGGUGCUGCUCUACAAACUUAUAACCAGGAACUAGUGAAAUGCCUGGAGGAUAUGAAAAUGCGUCGUAUGGAUUUACAGGCGCAAAUUGAUGCAGAGGAAGAAGAAAAAAAUAAUCUACAGCGUGAGAUAGAGAAGAUGUCUUACAAAUUAACCCGCCUAAACGACAGUCUCUCCAAAAGAAUAGCAGUGCGAAAUGAAUAUGACAGAACCAUUGCUGAUACGGAAACAGCCUACGUAAAGAUUCUUGAAAGCUCGCAACUUUUGCUCAAUAUGCUAAAAAGAGAAGCUUCGAGUCUGGACCGGACUUUAGUGAAGAGCAAUAUGGACAAACAAUGCAGACAAUGAACAAGGAGCCGUAGUUUCUGGAAAAUUAUAUUUAUUAAAAUAUCUAUGUAUAAUGUAUAUAUACAAAGGUUUAUAACCGCCACAGUAGAUGCGUAGGACCGCUUGCGGUCAACAAGUACAAAAAUUGUAUAUAAUUCGAAUAUUUAAAGUAUUUCCCUAAGGCUAGAAUACGAUUUCAGUACAUGGCAAUUCAUAAGCGUAAGAUAGUGA